AUGUCGGCUUUCAAGGCUUUACGGAUAGGGAGGAGGUCUAUGAAGAGUGAAGAGAAGAAUAAACCACACAUCAGCAUUCCGCAGAAAACCGCGGUCGCAAUCGUUCCUCCCAAAAAGGUCAUUCGAGCGCUUCAAGAUUAUACCGCGCAGAGCAGCGAAGAACUGAGCUUUUCGCGUGGCGACUUCUUUCAUGUCAUCGGGCGUGAAAAUGACCCCGACUGGUACGAGGCCUGCAACCCCGCGCUACCCGACCCCCCUGGUCUAGUGCCUGUGAGCUUUUUCCAGUCGCUUGGACGCAACGAGCGCGACAGUGGCCAGUCCCAACCAGACAGUGCACAUUCUGUCAAGCAUCCCGACCACGAUUCUGGAUACGGCGACGCAUCAACAGUGACAACACCGAUGGCCUCUGCCAGCCAGCGAAACUCGAAGUCGGGGGGCAAGUCCGGAGCUAUGGUCUACGGCGUUGUGAUCUACGACUUCCAUGCCGAGAGGGGCGAUGAAUUGGAUGCGAAAGCGGGCGAGGCCAUCAUCGUGAUCGCGCAGUCAAAUCCCGAGUGGUUUGUGGCAAAGCCCAUCGGGAGGCUCGGCGGACCAGGCUUGAUUCCUGUUUCGUUCAUCGAGAUUCGGGAUAUGGCAUCCAACACACCGGUCCAGAACCCCCAUGAAGCCGUGCGGAAGGCCGGUAUCCCGAAGGUCGAAGAGUGGAAGAAGAUGGCCGCAGACUAUAAGAAUUCGAGCAUCACACUCGGGAAAUUCGAGACUGGUGCACAACCACAAUCGAUGGAACAGGGAAUGGAGCGCAUGAGUAUUCAGCAGCAACCCAGCGGCCGGCCACAGCAGCCGCAGACGGCAUACAAUGUGCAGCAAAACUCAGUCCAACAAAGCCAGCCCUCGUCGGCACCUAACUCGCAGAUGUUUGCGCCCGUCUCGGCUCGAAUCCCUCGGUACUGCUUUGCGGAGGACAAGUAUUGGUUUGUUAUUGAAGCCGAGCUCGAAGAUGGCCGCACUUGGGAGCUGGCGCGAUACUACGAAGACUUUUACGAUUUCCAAAUCGCUCUCCUCACCGAAUUCCCUGUUGAGGCCGGAACCACCGGCAAGAAGCAGCGGACGCUCCCUUAUAUGCCCGGCCCUGUCAACUACGUCACAGAUGCGAUUACAGAAGGGCGCCGGCAUAACCUCGAUUCCUACGUUAAAAGCCUCCUGGCUCAACCACCAUACAUUGCUAAAUGCAACCUAGUAAAACAGUUCUUUGCCCCGAGGGAAGGAGACUACGAAAUUGACCCGAGCGCGCUCGAAGAGGAGUACCGCCUAUCGGCCGGCUCACGGCCCUCAUCGGCCGACUCCCCCGCCGACGGCGGCUCUCGCCAAUCAUCCCAACAAAAUCUUGGUGGCGGCUACGGCGGUCUCGCCAGCCACCAACCGCGGCAGCAACAACAGCAGCCGCAACAGCAACAGCCAGCCAUGGCGCGGCAAGUCUCGUCCCUUUCGCAACCCUCGCAAACCUCACUCUCGCCUGGCAUGCAGGCGGCUGGGUCCUCCAUGAAGGUCAAGCUCAGCUAUAACGGCGACAUCAUCGCCAUCAAAGUGCCCGCCGACAUACAGUUUGAGGCCCUUUAUGAUCGGAUCAUCGACCGCUUGAAGAUCCCCGUCGGCGAAGAGCCCCAGCUCAGCUACAAGGACGAGGCCACUGGCGAUAAGCCACCGCUGAUGAGCAACAACGACUUGGACCUGGCGCUGCAGCGGAAUGAGAAAUUGUUAUUGUAUGUUGAGUGA